CUCUAAACGUGUGGUCGGUUCGAAGUGUGACAUUGAAGUCAGAACUCCAAAGAUGAAAAUUUGGACGUCGGAUCACGUUUUUGACCAUCCAUGGGAAACUGUUGUAAAGGCAGCCUGGAGAAAGUACCCCAAUCCGAUGAAUCCAUCAGUAACUGGAAUUGAUGUGUUGGACCGAUACAUCGACAGCAAUGGAGUUCUUCAAACACACCGUCUGAUGAGCACAUCAUGGGGACUGCCAAGCUGGGUAACACGGUUGGUGGGCAUGGAUCGUGUGUGUUAUGCUAAAGAACAUUCAGAAGUGGACCCUAGUACAAAAACUAUGAAACUGAAAACCAGAAAUUUAACAUUCUGCAAUGUUGUCAACGUGGAUGAAGUGUUAGUUUACAAGCAGCAUUCAACAGAUAAAUCAAAAACAAGCCUUCAUCAGGAAGCUGUGGUCACAGUGAAUGGAUUACCACUCUCCAACUAUUUGGAAAAUGUCAUGACGGACACAAUAUCUGCCAAUGCAAACAAGGGUCGUCAGGCAAUGGAGUGGGUGAUAGCCAGACUGAAGUGUGAGGCACAAGAUUUGAAACACGAAGCCAAGAAAGCCAUGGAUACUGUCCUGCCUCAAACGUCCAGUGCUUGUCCGGAUUCCAUGUAACCGCAGUCCAUUUUAGCUUCUUUUGUUUUCUUGCAAUCAAGCUUUAUGUGAUAACGGGUGCAAGUUACGCUGAUGGUCUUUAGGUGAACAAACCAACCAUGCAUACCUAAUGGUUUCUUUUCGGUUAAAGCUUCCAUUGUGUGAUAUUUUAAUGUUCUCAAUAUGUAUUAUACAUGUCAUUGUACUGUACCAGUUUUGUUGAAUAGAAGGCUCCUUUGUGAGGGUGUAUAUUUGUGGAUUUUGAAGUUUUGUAACUGGGUUCUUUCAAUUUUAUUUCAUAGCAAUAGUGGGAGGGGUUAAAAUGUGUUUAACUUUGUUUUUGUUUUUCUUUCUUCUUUUUUCAAUCUGGGGUCACAUUUCACAGCUAUCUACUGUUAAUAUUGUCAUUGUCAGGAGGUUAACUGUGUUUACUCUCACUUUAUGUGCUUAUCUCUGUUUGUGUGAAACCAUUAGAUAUACAUGUACAGAGCAAUGAGUAUGUUAUGUAGGAAUCAAUUGCUUCAACCAAUUACAUGUAGGUUGUUUUGAAGAGUUUGGGUUUUCUAACUGUAUGUAACCAUGCACAUGAUUUACUUGAGUGGCAAACUACUACCAACAGGGUGAUGUCAACAUCUGGCAUUUUAACAUUGUUGUGCAAUUUUGAUAUCCGAUUUUGUCAUGUGACAAAUUUUCGAUCUGAUUACUCAACCCCUGCAAUUGCCCACGGCAAUCGGCAAUGCUGUGGAGUUUUUAACUUUCAUCGGCACUUUUUGGCCUUUGACUAUAUUCAGGAUUUUUUCAAUGGCAUGUGCUUUUGCCAUGGAUAUUUUCUAAAUUGCAAGGGUUGUUACUUUGAUCAUGGUUUGUUAAAAUACUAAGUAAAUAACUCAAUAUACUGCAGUCAUUUCAGUUUUUAAUAAUUAGUUCAAGGUGGCAGCUAGACUGGUUCUUACAGUGGACUUUGUGGUUGCAUCACAAUAGAGGAACACUGUGGACAACAGAAGACACAGCCAGUCUACUUGGAUUUUGUUUUAAACCUACAUGUGUCCAGUGUAGGCGUCACAUUUCACAGGUCACUGAUGGACAUGCUCAGAAUCAUGAUUAUAUAGGGUGCUUUAUCACCACAUUUUAUAUCUGGGAAAACAUCUGUAGCUUAGUAAGCCAAUCCAAGAAUUAUGUUUUCUUGUACUGGCACUAUGUUAAAACACAAAAUUGUAGUGCCUUUUUUUAUCAUGAACACAACUAGUUCAUCAUAAUGUGUAUUCAUUUUAUUUGUUUAUAGCUUCAGUCUAUGUUUGAUGUAGCUUUCUCUCAUGUGCACUAUGUGCACGAGAUCUGUCAUGCCGGUAUAUAUUAUGCAGGGAAAUAAAAUUGAUGGAUACCAUGACCAGUACUAUAAUUUUCAUUUUGAUACUGAGGCUAUUAAAUAUUAUAAGUUACUUCUUUUUUCUAAAUUUAGAAUAAUACCACUCUACAUGUAUAUUACCCGGUAAUGCACAAUAACUAAGCUUGUGUUACAAAUUAAUUUAAGAUUAACAAUUAAUAGGACAACAAAAAGUAUAAGAUGAUGUUUCUUGGCAUGGAAAUUCAAUGUGUAGCAAUUAGGAUGAAUCCAUUGUGUAGAAAAUAGGGCGAAUCCAUUGUGUAGAAAUAGGAUGAAUCCAUUGUGUGGAAAAUUGGAUAAACCAUUCCACGAAAUAUUUGAAUAAAUCUCUAGUAUAAAAAAACCCUGAAUGAAUCCAUUGUCCAUGGAAAUUACAAUGUAGGAUGAAUUCAUUGUACGAGUUCAUUGUAAGGAGGGAAAACUGCAUUAUAAUUUGAAGUGAUGUUAAGUACUAGUAUGCCUUUUUUUUUUUAAAGAAAAAACAAGUUUUGUUAAAAAAAGCUUUUUGUUGUUAAUCAAGUCUCGUGUGUACAUAAUCAAGUAAUACAAAAUCAAAUUCAUAACUGAGUUUCAAGAAAUCCUUUUCUGUCCUUCGUUUAUCUGUCUGUCUGUCUGUCUGUCUGUCUGUUCCACAUAUUGUUUUCCAGACAUUUGUUUUACAAUGCCUCAAGAUAUUGGUCUUAUAUUUUGUAUCUAUCUUUAUCAUGUUCUGUUACAGAUCAAGCUUGACUUUAAUGGCAAUUUACCGAUUUUCACAGAGUUAUGGCUCUUGAAUUUAGGAGAUAAGAAACUUUAUGGGGCCCAGUAGGGGAUAUGUAUUGCUUUAGCAGUACUUUCAAAAUGCUUGUUUUUUCUAAUCAAGCGAUCAAAAGGAUAAAUAAGACAAAAAAAUUCUACAAUGUUAUCAGGUGCACAUUAAUCAGUGAUUUUUAUAUAAUCUUACUUACUGUGAAUUAUUAAUAAUGUAUAUAUUUUACCAAAUGAAUCUCUAUUUUGUUGGAAUGAUUAUGGUGGUACUUUAUGACAUUAAACACAUGUUUUAUCAGAAUUACAAUACUAUACAUUACUUCUAAUUGAAAAUAUUAAUAAUAAGGGUAAUCUAUUUAAAGUAAAGACCUAUAACAUCCCCAGCUAGACUGCUUAGCCUAGCUGACAUGGAAUGUCAUUACAGUGAUGGCAUUAAGAAAGAUGAUCCCUCAAAACCAUGUAGUACCAGUUUUUUUAUGUUGAAAAUAUGUACAGUUAAUUUUUAUGGAAUGGGUCAAGAAGUUCAUUAUUACUAUAAAAGCAAAUGGGUCUCAUAAUAUAAUUUUUUUUAUAUUGUAUAAAAACACUAAAUGCAAUCUUCUGGAUUGUUAGGUGGUUUUGUGUUUCCUUGCAGUUCAGUUGGUUACUAUAAUAAUAGCAGCCAUUUUGUGUUUGUUCUGUUGGCUGGAGUUACUUAAAAGACAUUCAAGCUGCCUUAGCAGAUUUACUUUGGUGACCACAAAAGCCAGAGCUUCUAGAAAGGCAGGCUUUUUUAUUCUUGUUUGUGGCAGCAAAGCACCAGUUAAAGUACUGUGGCAUGGACUUACAGUACCGUAUGUAAAUAAUAUUUUUAGUCAUAAUGCAUUGAUUUGCAAAACACACAAUGUGCCCAUUUUAUGUGAUAUCCAUUGUUGAAUGUUUAUAUUUGGAAAGUGACAAGAUAUCAUUAAGAGUGGUCUGUUAUCGUGAAGGGUUGUGUGGUGUGGGGUUUUUUUUUGUCUGAUUAUAUAUUGUUUGUUUAAUUGUUAUCAUAAUGCUGACUGUUUUUGUACCUUAUGAAGACAGAAACAUUUAUGAAAACAACACUCCACUUUCAAGGGGAAAUUCUUUCAUGAGGUUCCACUAGCAAAUUCAAAAGUAUUUAUAAUGGGGAGUGAGUAUAACUUUUUGUGUCUGCCAAAGUCAGUGUUAUAGACUUAGGCUUAUAUAUUAAAUUUAGUUGAUGCAAGUUUGAUGGGCACGGUCGAAUUAAUACCUUACAUAAAUAAAUUUAGCCCCAGCUUAAAUUAUUAAUGUACCCUGGAGGAUUGGUAUGGAAAGGGUUGGGCCUUGAGCUGCAGGAAGGAGUGAUGUGACCUAAUUACAGAUAGUGCCAAUCACAGGUCAAUACGUUGGUAUAUCUGUAUGACAUAACUGCAGGGAUAUUAGGAACAGUGGCAAAGCGAGAUGGGGGACCAUCCCCCCAGUCCAACAUUUUUUUUAUAUUUUUUUUACAGUAUUAAAUGUUAGUGGGUUGUUGCUUCUUCUCCCUCCCCACCUCCAAAUAUAAAAUCCUGGUUAGGAAGGAAACGUUCAUAACAUGAUAUGUAAUUCAUUUUGGAAUCGGUUUUACAUGUGUUUAUUAAGUUUAGGAGAAUUUGCAUUUGUUUUCAGGUUAACUAUAGAUGCCUGCAUGAGCAGACUGCACUGUUGAAUUGAGAUCUGUCAUUUCACAAUGUGUAGAAUUGUAUCUGUUGUUUAUAGUCACGGAUUACUGAUGUGCCUUUAAUGAUUAUAAUACUGAAGCCAUGUACCAUUCAUAAACAUUGCUGUUUAGUUGUGAUUAUCGAAAUUGCACCCUUUUUUUUUCCCACACAUCAUUUAUAAGAAUUAAUCACUUGUUUUGAAUGUAAUAAUAGCACAGUCAUGUUUCUUAACUAUCCAAUUUGUACAAUGUACAGGUAGCAUUGGCCAUCAAGUGAAAUUUUAAAAUAUUUUCUUUAGCUUUACCAGGGGUGGGGCUAUUAAAAUAUGUUGUGCAUAAUACAAAUUAAUCCCUGUAUUUUCAGAACAACAUUCCUAAUGUAUUGGUGCACAUUAUGCAUAUACAAUGUAGUGUUGCACAUAAUGUAAGGAAUAAGAGACAACACAUUUUUUGUCACAACAUUUUUCACUGUGGCUUUAUUAAGCAUACACAUACAAACAGAAAAUCUGUGAACAUUGAUUGGAUGCUAGGAAUAAUCUACAUCAUACAUGUAACAGUGAUCUCCUUGCUUAUUUAGCUAGGUAUUUCAGUUUAGUAAGCUUGUGCCUUUUCAUAUGUGAAUAUCACUAUACAUGUAUAUAUAUAUAUUUUUAGAGUGGCAGGCAUAAUUACAAGGUUUAAAAGAUAAUUUUAUUUUGUGAUGUGUUACCAAGUUUGACAGGUGUUUUAGUAACUUUGUAUUACAUCACCAUGGAUAUCGUUGUGGCUUGUUAAUUAGAAAUAUGCAUUUAGAUUUCAUCAACCGAGAAUUAACUACGUUGUAGGUCUAUCAGCAAUGUAAAAUAUAUUGCAGCUAGACCUAGUUAAAUAUCUGUUGACGAUUUCACCAAGGAACCAAUGUUGCAGUAUUAUCAGUCGUAAUGUCAGCAUUUUAUUACCAGCUGUAUGUGGUUGUGUACAAGACCUGUUUGAUGGAUUUAGUUCAGUGCAUGUUGAUUCCAAAUAUUUUCACUUACCGGUAAGUUGCAGUUCUGUACAGAUUUGUUGCAUAAUGCCCGUUAUUCUUGUAUACAGCAAUAGAUCUCAACUUGGUGCUGUGGCGUUUCUCGAAAAGCCUCUAUAGUGUAUAUUUUGGAAUGGUGUAUGUUUUGUUUUUGGGUUUUUUGAAGAUUGAUAUUACAUGUAAAUGUAAAGGUAAAAUGCAAAGCUUUAGAUAGCAUGAUUUAAGCACCUUAAACUAUCAUCAGCAAUUUUGCAAAUUUGAUCAGAAAAAUUGUAGCCAAAGGUAAGUUUCAGUUAGAGAAAUAACGAGUAACAAACCUAAUCGGCUACAUGGCCAUUUUAUAAUGAAAUAUAUUCACCAAAUUCAAUUUAACGGGUUAAAAUAUGUGUAGCAUUCGAAAAUGAUUGUUGUAAAAGAAUAAGUAACGCAUUAUUGAAACUUGAAGUGUUAUGGUGGGAUUUUACAGCAAUUCUCAGUCUCAAAACCAGUUUCAUAAAAAUCUGUGAUACAAAUGUAACUAAACGAACAUGCAUGAGAACAAAGCUAUUGCAUGUUUGCUAAAGGGUAUGCUUAUAGUUAUGUCUAUCAAUUUAAAUGGCUUGUUAGGAUUCAUGCAUGAUAAAAGAUGUAAAUUAAUGUUGCCUUGCCAUCCCAUACUAUUGUUUUCUGUUACCAAAAAACAACAACUAUGGUUUGUUCAGGAGGCCGAGCAUUCAUGAACAUAUUGAUUGGUACCAUCGUCUUCUAUCACAUCAUAUUCAUCCAACAUUAGGCACAAAAACCAGUCUACCAAACAAAAGGCCACUGGUUUAAUAAAGGUGUGUUUUCAUAUCAACAGAUAAGAUCAGCUGUAUUGAUACAUUUUACUAAAAGUGUGCUCAGCUUUUGACCAGUUUGGAAACAGAAAAUGUUGAUUGAUGAUAGCAGCUAAAAUAUAUCAAAGAAUGGCUUGUGUUAAAUAGUCUCACGGUCGCAGCUUCACAGAUAAAGAGGAUUACCAUCUAUUUCUUCUCAUGUGAGCCAACUUUAGACAUGACACUAUAAUAAGACUAUUAUGAUGUUCAUUGUAUUUAUAUUUUUGUUUUAACAUGAAACUGACUUUGAUUUAAAUGUUAUUUUGUAUAAAACCAUUAUGCAUAA